AUGCGCUACACUCAGCUUAUCCUCUCCCUCUUCUUCUUCUUUACCUUCGCCAUGGCUCUGCCUGCGCCGGCGCCGGUAGAAGCCGUUGCCGCCGCAGAUAAGAACAAUAACAAGAACGGCACCAAAGCCAACGGAACUAAGGGCGCAAAUGGUAGAACUACCACUAAGGGAACCACAGCCAAGUCCAAUGCCAACAACGGCAACAAUGGCAAGAAGACUAACGCAAACGGCAACGACUGUGCUGCAGCCAACAAGUUGGCCACUGGCAUUGCUAACAAUAUUGCGGUCCAAAAAGAGGAGCAGUCUGACGCCAACACCCUGACAAAUAUCAUCAAAUCGGGCAAUACCGCCGGUUUCGCCUCGGCCAAGCAGAAGUUCCUCAAUACGAUCACCAGAGGCAUGGAUAUCCGCAAGAAGAACCAAAGUAUUGCGCCCAAGAAUAACGCUGCCAUUGCCGGCUUGAACAAGGUAUAA